AUGGAAGGCGAGGCCGUUUAUCACGAGGUGCCGCUUGAUUCGGAGGACCAGAAAGAAAAGUCGGUCACAAUCAGGAUGCCCAAAAGGGUUGAAACAAAGAAGGUGGAACAUCGUUGCUUGUUGAUCACCUUCAUUGUCGGCAUAGUCUUACUAUUAGCGGCCGUUUUAGCCUCCGCCCUACUCGUCUACUUCCUCCUUGAAGCCAAAGUGAGCACCUUGGAAGAGAAAAUUGCCUUAAACAAUGACCAUUUUCCACAGGUGGAUGAGACGCUGAUAAGUCACCAAUGCGCCAUUGCACCUAAUUUGACUCAAUUGCCCAACGGAAAGAAAUAUUUCUUCUCUGAUCCAAUUUACCGGAAUUGGACUGAGGCUGACAAAGGGUGCAAGAGGAUGGGCCUGCACCUGGCCACCCCGAGGGACGAAGCCGACCUGAACGCGACCUGGGUAGAAGCAAAGAAAACAAAGGAUGACGUUCCUUGGUGGUUAUCUGCCAAAAAUUACGGCAACGAAAGAAAAUACGACAUUCGCUGGCAGGACGGCUCAGAGUUGGAGCAAAACAGCACCUUGUGGAGGGCCUAUGGUGACAAACUCACGGGGGGCUGCGUCUUUUUCUCCACUGACCCUGACUUGAGCGAAAAAUUGAGCGGCAGGUCGUGCAGGGGCAAUAGGUUUUUUAUUUGCGAACUGCCGAGCGAAUGUUACUGAAAGAAUAGCCAAUUGCUGCUUUAAUCAAAUCGUUUUUUCCAUCUGAUUGUAGCGAAAGAAUCAGCGCGAUGACUUUUUCAAGUUUUGCAAAUUACAUUUAGUUUAGCUGAGGCCGGUCUCGCAAUUCGGAGGACUAGAAAGAAGGCUCGGUCACAAUCAAGGAUGUCAAAAAGGGUUGAAACAAAGAAUGCGAAUAGAAGCAUUGGUUUUCCAGCAUCCAAUUAGCCACGAGCUUUCUCGUCUACUCCCUCCUCACGGCCAAAAUAAGGAAAUAUAUUAUUUUGUUGGCCAAACGCGCUGAGUUGACCACUUCUUAGAUUAAUUUAAUUCAAUUUAAAAGCAAUUAAUAAGUUAAUGCCUAUUUGAUUGAAAAAUUUAAACAAUUACUUGUGUAUUAUUUUCCUAAAAUAUUAAUUAUGAAAUGGACCAAAUACUUCUUUUGCAAUCCUACUAAUCUCAUAAUUUAACAAUGUCCUUCAAUUAGUAUUUUCAAUUGAAACGUUCUUAAUUGUUUUGAAUCAACAUCUCUUAAGUAGUUAUUUAUUAAAUUUACCUUAUCAAGCAAGAGAAUAAAUUUCACUGUACUUCAAAAUUUUGAACCUAAUCUCUCUUGAAGCGUCAGAAUUAAAUGCUUAAAGACAAUUAAACAAAUAGGCGGCAUAAUUAAUAAUUUUCAAUCAAGUUAAGUGAAAAAUUUGUGUGAAUUCUGAUGUUCCAUCUGGGCAAAGUUUGAUAUCAAAUAUUAUAUUUAUUUUACAAAAAGUUGCCGAUUUCCUUAGGAAAAUGACUUAAAAUUUCCGCGUGUAACUUGUAUGCUGAGAAAAAUGUGUCACGUGAUUUGUAUAGAACCGGCUUGUGUGUCGCUUUGUGGCCGGUGAGUUGUAACUUUUUGCCGCAGUUGCCGCAUCCCUGUCAUGCGAGAUGUUUCAACAAAUAAAUAAACUGAACUUACAGUUUCUGAAUCUUUGCGUUUUAUGAGGUCAAUGCAAUGGAAUUGAUAAAUCUUAUUGAAAAAUAUAAAUUCCUCUUUUUAAUGUUCCUCUUUUUAAUGGUAUCACACCUGGUUCUCUUAUGAAAUAUUGUCCUGAUUCGUAACUCAACAAAAUUGUUAAAGCUGCAGGAUUUAAAUUAUUUGUAAUAUUGCUUUUGUCUAAGAAUAUAAUUAUGUAUUUAGGUGCUUGUUAUACUCUGAUUUUAGGCUUUUUGUAUUUAUUUUGGCACAAAAAAUAUUAAA